AUGGUUCGUCUGGUCACUAUUUGUAUUGCAUUGUUUCUAUUCGCGUCUGCGUGGUCAUCAACAAUAAAUGCAGACGGAGCGUCCAAACGUUUAUUAGUUCUCUUGGAUAAUUUGGGCAUACGAGAAUCACAUUCGUUUUACUUCAAACAAUUAACUGAUCGUGGAUUCGACAUUACAUAUAAAUCAUCCGAUGAUAGCAAUCUUCAAAUUGUCAAAUAUGGCGAGUAUCUCUAUGAAAACGUCAUCAUCUUUGCACCUACAACCAAAGAAUUUGGUGGCCAUUUGGAUUCAGAAACCCUAACGCAAUUCGUUGAUGCUGGUGGUAAUGUGCUUGUUGCUGGUAGUAACACAAUCGGUGACGCUAUUCGUGAAUUUGCCGGUGAAUGUGGUAUUGAAUUCGCUGAUGAUAAGAGUGCAGUGAUUGAUCAUUUAAAUUACGAUACGAAUGAUAAUGGACAACACACAUUGAUCGUUGCUAGUCCAGAUAACCUUCUUCCCGCAGAAAUUAUUGUUGGUCAAUCAAAGAAGAAUGGUUUACCAUUUCUCUUUCGGGGCAUUGGCAUGUCAUCUGAUCAAGACAAUCCAUUACUGCUUGAUAUUCUAACUGGCUCAUCAAGUUCAUAUACUGCAAAUCCUGAAGAGGCAACUUUAAAUGAAUAUCCAGCCACUGUGGGUAAACGAACAUUAUUGAUUUCAGUUCUUCAAGCACGUAACAACGCACGUGUUGGUUUUGUUGGCUCAUUGGAUUUCUUCAGCAAUGACUUCUUCCAAAGCUCUAUUCAAACAAAUAACGGAAAAAAACAUGCUAAAUCGGGCAAUCAAGAUUUAGCUGUGGCUUUAACUGACUGGGUAUUCAAACAACGUGGUGUUUUACGUGCCAGAAACGUUCGUCAUUACUUAAAGAGUGAUAAAUCAACUCCACGAUUCUACACAGUUAAAAACGAUAUUGUAUUCAGUGUCCAAUUUGAUGAAUUCGUACAUGGAAAAUGGAUGCCAUUUAACGGAACUGAUGUUCAAUUAGAAUUUGUUCGCAUUGAUCCAUUUGUCCGAACAACAAUGAAAAAUAAAGGCGGUCAACUCGAAGCUCAAUUCCGUGUUCCAGAUACUUAUGGUAUCUUUAAAUUUGUCAUUGACUACAAUCGUGUUGGCUAUACACAUUUAUAUUCGGCUACUCAAGUUUCUGUCCAUCCUUUACGUCAUACUGAAUAUGAACGUUUCAUCGGCUCAGCCUAUCCAUAUUAUAUUUCAUCCUUUUCAAUGAUGGUUGGUGCAUUCCUUCUCAGUUUCAUCGUACUCUAUCAUCGGGAUGAGAUACCAAAGAAGAAAGCCGAAUAA